AAUAUCAAUUAGGGUUUUAGGGGUUUAGGAAACCGGGGAGGAGAGUGGAGAAGGCAAGGAGCGAACAUGGAGAUUGAUUUGGGGAAGCUCCCCUUUGACAUUGACUUCCAUCCAUCGGAGCAGCUCGUCACCGCCGGUCUCAUCACCGGCGACCUCGUCCUGUACCGUUAUAGUGAAGAUUCGUCGGCAAAGAGGCUAUUAGAAGUAAACGCGCACAGUGAAUCUUGUCGAGCUGUUCGAUUUAUCAGCGAUGGGAAAGCAAUUCUCUCGGGCUCCCCUGAUUGCUCAAUUCUGGCUACGGACGUGGAAACUGGAUCCGUGGUAGCUCGGGUUGAGAAUGCCCAUGAGGCUGCUAUCAAUAGGUUAGUUAACCUGACAGAGGCUACUAUUGCAACGGGAGAUGAUAAUGGGUGUAUCAAGGUAUGGGAUACAAGACAACGAUCUUGUUGCAAUACGUUUAACACACAUGAAGAAUACAUUUCAGACAUGACUUUUGCUUCUGACUCGAUGAAGCUGCUGGCAACAAGCGGAGAUGGUACUUUGUCUGUCUGCAAUCUUCGAAGCAACAAAGUGCAAACCAGAUCUGAAUUCUCAGAAGAUGAGUUACUUUCUGUUGUUAUAAUGAAGAAUGGAAGAAAAGUUAUUUGUGGAACUCAAACAGGAACAUUAUUACUGUAUUCAUGGGGUUUUUUCAAGGAUUGCAGUGAUCGCUUUGUUGACCUGUCCCCCAACUCAGUUGAUGUACUAUUGAAGCUGGAUGAGGAUACAAUCAUUACUGGAUCAGAGAAUGGGCUUAUAAGCUUGGUAGGCAUAUUACCCAACAGAAUCAUUCGACCUCUGGCAGAGCAUUCAGAAUAUCCUAUAGAGGGCCUUGCGUUUUCUCAUGAUAGGAAGCAUCUUGGCAGUAUAUCGCAUGAUCAGACAUUGAAGCUUUGGGAUUUGAAUGAAUUACUGGAUGAUUCUACAAAUGCUCCACCCAGUCAAGCAGCUGCAGAAGGCAGUGACAGUGAUGAGAUGGAUGUGGAUAUGGAGGAUACCCCGAAGUCUAAGAAGGGAACAAAGACGAGAAAUGCUGGUAAAGGAGAUUCUACAAGCGCCGCGAACUUCUUUGCAGGCUUGUAGAUUUAUGAGCUGCCCUUCGUUUCUUAUGGUAGUUGAAGCUUCAAGAUUUUGUUUCGUUUCCUUAGCCGUCAAAAUUUUGGGGGCUGUCCACCCUCAUACAAAACAAAAUGUCGAAAUAUGGGCGUCUUAUGCUUUUUCUUUUGUCUUAUCAUCUUUGAUUGUUGACAAAUAGAUUUAACGAUCAAGGUAAUGAGAAUUGUACUGGUGUGCCAACUUUUGGUCGUCUUAGUUCUUGAUGAAAUCCAGAAAACCUUGAUUUCUGA